CGGCGACACACGCGCGGCCCACCUUCUGCAACGUGUGCCGCGAGCCGCUGGGCGCGCUGGGCACGGCGCACGCGCUGGCCUGCGAGCUGUGCAAGUACAAGGCGCACAAGCGAUGCGCCGCGCGCGCGCCGCCGUCAUGCAAGUGGAGCACGCUCGCCUCGCUCGGGCCGCACGUCGUCGAGGACCCCGACGGGAACAUAAUAAUGCCUCACCAGUGGCUGGAAGGCAACCUGCCUGUGGCGGCCAAGUGCGACGUGUGCGACAAGACGUGCGGCUCCGUACUCAGGCUACAAGACUUCCGCUGCAUCUGGUGUCGCAAAUGCGUCCACGCGAGCUGCCGUCCCAGCUGGCGUGCCGCUUGCUCCCUGGGGCCCGCGCGCGCGUCCGUAGUGCCGCCCACUCGCCUGCACUCCGUCGGCCCCGACGACGGGUGGCUGCCCGACAGACCGCCGAACGCUUCGCCGCUCAUUGUCUUUGUCAACUCGAGAUCUGGGGACAACCAGGGCGUGAAGUUCCUCCGUCGCUUCAAGCAGCUGCUGAAUCCCGCGCAAGUGUUCGAGCUGAGCGGUGCGGGCCCGCGGCUGGGCCUGCGCCUGUUCCGCCACUUCGCGCCGCUGAGGGUGCUGGUGUGCAGCGGGGACGGCUCCGUCGGCUGGGUGCUGCAGGAGGUGGACAAGCUGGAAAUGCAUCGACAGGUGCAAACAGCGGUGCUGCCCCUGGGCACGGGCAACGAUCUGGCGCGCGUGCUGGGUUGGGGCGCCUCCUGCGACGACGCCGCCAACCUGCAACAGCUCAUCGAGCGCUAUGAGCGGGCUUCCACCAAGAUGCUGGACAGGUGGUCGAUAAUGACGUUCGAGAGAGCGUUGACAGCCCCGCCGCCGCCGCCCGCGCCACCCGACCUGCUGGAGGAGAGCUCGCUGUUGAGGAACUUGCAGGAGAUUGUGCAGGCGGGCGAGUGUGGCGAGGGCGAGUGUACGCUGGCGCGUGCGGCGCUGCGGGCAGGCUGCGCACGGCUGGCAGCGGCGGGAGAGCGCGCGGGGGGCGGGGCCGCGCGUGCUGCACACCGCCUACGUCGCGCACUGUCGCUGCUGCUGCACGCGCGCGCGCACCUCGCGCACGACCACGCGCGCUGCGAUUCUUGGGAGCCGAUGGACACGAGCGAUAGCGAGCCCGAAGCGCCACCUGCAGCCGAGAAGGGGAGCAUCGAAAAGACUGAAAAAGAGCAGUUGAACUGGGCGGCGCGCGGCUGUGCGCUGGCGGGACGUGCGGACAGCGUGCGACGCGCGCUGCGAACGCUCGUGCGCACGCUGACGCACCUGUUCCCGCAGGACGCGAUCCGCGGCGAGGCGAGCGGCGCCAGCUCGGGCCAGGGCCAGGUGCCUGAGAGCGGAGCGCUGCCCGUGCCGCGCGCGUUCGCCGACAGCCGUCGCUCUUCUGCUGCUUCCGCGGUAUCCGCGUCCUCCAUGCAACCAGAAAACAUUCCAGAUGUAGAUGAAGACAUAGUUAAGUUAAUAAGUUCAAAUCCGCAAGAUUCUGUAGACAACUUGGACGUUGAUAAAUGUAGUCGCAAUAAGACAUGCUCAAUCUCGCCUCAGGAUCGGCUGUCGCCUUCCAAUAUUUCCUCCUGUGAUACUAGCUCUUGCAAAAAUCUUCUGAGGCCUGAUAUAGAGCGAACUAGCGCCACUUUUAAUAGCAGUAGUCUUACCAUACCUAACCUAGUUAUCUCAGAUGAUAGUGAUAAGAGAGAUUCGUUAAUACAGGGAGAAACUUAUGAAUCGGACCAAUUGACUAUAAUAGACAUCGACAAGCCGUAUACUGACGACGUGCACUUUAACGAUAUUUGUGAUCGAGUGACGCCCGCUAGCGGAGACUGCACGCCCGAGCGGAAGCUCUCGAGUGUCGACUUGGAGAUAGACGCGACCAGUUCCGAGGGGUCCAACAUUAGUGAUGACUUUAGUUUAAUAUCGGAGAUCAUUGACUCCAAACCUGGAGACACAGAAGAGAGUGUCUGUAUAGGACAUAUAGACUCACCCGAAAUUUCUGAUACGUACAUGAAUUCUGAAACCAUACACGGAGAAUCCAUAAUGGAUGACAUCAGCUCGAUGCUCGGACAAGAGGUUCUAUUAGCGAUGAUGGGCAAAAAUGGAGAAAAUGAAACUUACACAGAUGACACAACUUUAUUUACAUCUGAUACAGUUUCUGAUAUUCCAGUCGAUAUCGAGAGCCGUCAUCCUAGUUUGGAAAAGAAAAAUAAAGGGAAAAUGAAAUACAUAUCCAAACACAAAAAACCAGCUGAACCUGAAGUUGAGAAGUUCGGUUACGAAAACAGAGUGUUUUAUAUUGAAAAUGCAACCAAUGCCGAUGAGCAAAUUAAGUACUGCAGUUUAGCUCAAUUUGAAGAGGGAAGUGAUAUAGCGAGAAAAUCGUUUCGAAAAGCUUUGAGGAAAAGUAUAAAGAAAAGAGUAAAUGAUGAGCCAAGUCUCAAACAUCUUCUACCUAAAACAACAGAAGAGUUGUCAAGAGGUGAUGAAACUCCAAACGUUCAAACCUCUCCCAAAAUGAAACCAAUACCAAAAAUAGAAGAGAAUAAUACUGAAAUCAAGGAACAUGUAGCAUUUCCACAAGUAAGCGUUGUAGUAGAACCGCCAUCACCAUCUCAUAGUGAGGAUAGAAGUUUAAAAACCUGCCAAAGUCGUAUGGCAUCAGUACUUAGUGAUAUUUUUGACCAGGGAACAGAUACGUUAAGCGUUCACUCACCGGAACCUAAUCUUAGAGAUAGAGAGAGACGUCAAUCUGACAACCCAAAGCUUUUAGGAUCAGACUCAGAAUACGGACAAUUUCUCAGUUGUUCUCCUGCAGCGACCAGAAGAAUAUCAUGUGGAAGUCUCUUCAAACCCGGGGAACCUGAUAACAGGCUAUCAACCUCAGUGUCAUCUAUAUGGGGAGAAGGCGGAACCUUAGGUGGCGGUGGGAGUAUAACUAAAUCAGAAACCAGCGACCGAGCCAAGAAACUGCCAAUCAUCAACCCCUUGGUAUCACUACCGGCAUGGCCUCACGUCGCACAAGGCUUUAUCAGCCAGUGCCUUUUAGCCAACGCCGAUGCGUUAUGUGCAGCCGUAAGCCCCCUAAUGGAUCCUGAUGAUACCCUAUUGGAAGGGUUCUACGAACGAGCUGUAAUGAAUAACUAUUUCGGUAUCGGCAUAGACGCCAAAAUAACGCUGGAUUUUCACAACAAGAGGGAGGAGCAUCCAGAGAAGUGCAGAUCAAGAGCAAGGAAUUACAUGUGGUAUGGAGUACUUGGGUCGAAGGAGUGGGUUAAUAGAACUUACAGACACCUUGGGCAACGAGUCCAAUUAGAAUGUGACGGUCAACGGAUACCACUCCCGGAGCUGCAAGGCAUCGUCGUAUUAAAUAUAUCGUCGUUCAUGGGAGGGACCAACUUUUGGGGAGGAACCCGAGGAGAUGACAUUUUUCUCGCUCCAUCUUUCGACGAUCGGAUACUUGAAGUGGUAGCUGUUUUCGGUUCAGCCCAAAUGGCCGCGUCCCGCCUCAUCAACCUCCAGAAGCACCGCAUAGCGCAGUGCCGCGCGGUGCAGAUCAACAUCCUGGGCGAGGAGUGCGUGCCCGUGCAGGUGGACGGCGAGGCGUGGCUGCAGCCGCCCGGCUGCGUGCGCAUCAUACACAAGAACAGGGCGCAGAUGCUGUGCCGCUCCCGCGCGUUGGAGACCAGCCUGAGAACAUGGGACGAGAAACAGCAGCAAAAGGCGCACGCGAACGCGCCCGCGCGUGAGCUGGCGCCGGCCGAGGCUGCGCAUCUGCUUGUACUGCUGGACGACGUCAACACCUUAGUCAAACAUAUAAAACUAGCAUGCAUCAGUGAAAACAGCGCAGUUGGGACAGGCAGGGUUUGCGGAGCGCUGGCAAUAGCGCGACGCGUCUCUGCGCAGGCCGACGCGCUGCAGGACGCCGAAGGGAAGCUGCUGCCUCCGCCGCAGCUGAGGCGCAUGCUGGCGACGCUGGUCAGUGCAACUGUGCAUUAGUGAACACUGCUGCGGGGGGACAGGCACAGUGUGCGGCGCGUCUCUGCGCAGGCCGACGCGCUGCAGGACGCCGAAGGGAAGCUUCUGCCUCCGCCGCAGCUGAGGCGCAUGCUGGCGACGCUGGUCAGUGCAACUGUGCAUUAGUGAACACUGCUGUGGGGGGACAGGCACAGUGUGCGGCGCGUCUCUGCGCAGGCCGACGCGCUGCAGGACGCCGAAGGGAAGCUGCUGCCUUCGCCGCAGCUGAGGCGCAUGCUGGCGACGCUGGUCAGUGCAACUGUGCAUUAGUGAACACUGCUGUGAGAGGACAGGCACAGUGUGCGGCGCGUCUCUGCGCAGGCCGACGCGCUGCAGGACGCCGAAGGGAAGCUGCUGCCUCCGCCGCAGCUGAGGCGCAUGCUGGCGACGCUGGUUGAAAGUUGUAACGAGCUUCUGGAAAGCGGCCCGAACUUGGGCAGCGCGGCGACAGGCCUACGGGCGCAUCUUGCGCGGUGUUUGCUGCGCGACGGCCUUGCGUACAUACAGGCAGACGAGGCGCCAAAGAAAGCUGGCAGCAGAUGGCUACGCGGACGCCGCAGCACUUCAGAAGGUGGCACAUCACAAACCCCAGCUCAAGUGCGGUCUUGGGGCGUAAAAGAAGUCCAGACCUGGUUGGAGAGUCUCGAACUGACGGAGUACUGCGAGGCGUUUUCCAAGCAUGACGUAACUGGGCGCGAACUUUUGUCUCUAGCGAGACGUGAUCUACGCGAUUUGGGAGUCACUAAAGUUGGUCACGUCAAGAGGAUACUUCAAGCUGUUAAAGAGCUCCAGUGACGACGUCGAGGCCGUUCGGAGGGGAAUGGCCAUGGAUAGGUAACGCUUGAUACCUUGUCAAGAAUCUUCCUGGUAUAUCAAUAAGCAACUUCUCAGAAAUCAAAGAGUUCUGUACUUAAUUAUUCUUGAACUUUUAACUCAAGCAAUUUCGCUAAGUCGAGUGUGUAGUAAGAAUGGUCAAGGAGAAGUCUUCGUAUUUACAAAGUUGGAAUUUUCUAGAUACCUUCAAGUUAUACUUUCGGAUGUUUUCAUCUUUUAUUUUAAAUUAAUGACCAAAAUUUUUCUGAACAAACGUCCGAAAGUUUAACUGGUUUAUUGAUGAAGAUAAAUUACGUCCUAUUUCUGUAUUAGCUACAACACCAACUAUGCUAUGUAAUUCUGUAAAGGGAAACCUUUCGUAAGCUCUCGAAACUAUUGUAACCUCAACAUUCCUGAUAGUAACUUGAAAGCGAAUUUUAUAAUUCCCGCUUAAAUAAUCUAUCCUCUUUACUUCGAUUUCAUGAAUGUCGUACGACUUUAUGCUUCUAAUACCUAAUUCUUGGAGCUUUCAUUCAUUUCAUUUCAUGUCUACACGGUUUAGUUUUUAAAUACCUUUCUAACUCCUUGUCCUUCGCCACUUAAAAAAGUUGGUACCGAAAAUUCGUGAAUAGUGAAUUCGUCAUACACAACGAAAUUCGGCCUACUAUAAACUUUUUACUUCACGAGGCUAAGAGAUUGAGGGUUGUGAAUUGUUUUUAUUAGUGGGACCUUGAUAAGGCUGUUGAUGACCAUAAUAAAUGUUACGAGUAUGUAAAAGUUGCAAUUUAAAUAAAUAUUGAAUCUAUGCGUGUAUAAAAAAAACUCGGUACCAAUUUGGCGGUUUUUCUUUCUCCACUUUUUUAUAUAUCUAUCUAAAGGAAUGGGGUAAAAUAGAUUAUUGAGACACAUCGAAUUUUACCUACCUCUUCC